AUGGGUGAAAAGUCUGAGGGUGCAAAGUCUGUCAGUGAAAAGUAUAUGGUUGAACAGUCUUGGGACACGUUGCUUCGGGGUGCAAGCUUAGAUCUUUUAGGACGCCUUUGUGAAUUGGCCAGGGAACCCGCCUGUUUUGCGCUGAGUGGCUACACCAUGAGUGCUAGGUCUGCCACAUCCAAUGGCAAUGCAGCGCAAGAAGCAGACUUCUCCUUUGCAGGGAUUGGCGAGAUGCCACAGGUUUCCCUGAAUUCCUUGGAUGUGUUUACAGAUAGUCUGCUCAUGAUGGUGAUGCAAUGUACCAUUCGCCUGGAGGACAGCAGCAGCGCUGUGGCAGCUGCAGCCAGCAGAUGCUUGCGCCACAUUACAGGCACCUAUGUUUUCCAGUGCGCAUCGUCCUCACAAGGCGGCUCGCAAGAGGCCGAGGAGGCAUGGGAACUUUUGCAACGGUGGGAACAGGCACAAAUGGACUUCGAACAGUUCAUUUUUCCCUUCAUGGCUGUGCUCCACAUCCCCCGAAGGGAGGACUUGGCCUUGAAACGUCUACAGCUGUGCCAGCGAUAUUUGGCGUUGAAACCACAGGAUUUUUUACCUCCAGGGGCACCACCAAGGACUGCUGCUGGCUUCGCCGCCAUCGCAUUGCUACGGCAGCUCCAACAUGAAGACCUAAGGCCCAGCUAUCAAGUUUGCUCAAUUUGUGAAGACCUUCUGGACUUACUAUCGAUUGAGGACUUGGAAACAAAGACUCAAGCAGCACGGCUGUUGGGGCUUCUAGAUUUGGGGGAAUCGUCAGGGAAGAUGCCAGCGGUGUAA